AUGGGUUCUAUCUCUCCGUCCACGACCCUGGACUUUUACUCGUCUCCCCACCUCGCAGAGCACUAUGACCUGCUCUGCGCCCAUGAAGGCGCCUUCUUUACCGAUAUCAACGUCUUCUACAAGGAGCUCCGGGGCGUGUAUGACCGAAGGAUCAAUCAUGACUUGGCAGAAUCUCAUCCCGAGAAGAAAGAUGAAUAUGCACAGUCUCUCGCCGUGGUCGACGUCGGCACCGGUACUGGUCGAGCACUCUUCGAGCUGAUCCAGCGCACACGUACCGCCUCACCUCCAAUGAAUCUCACCUGCGCCCAUUUCUUGGGAUUUGACCUCUCUCCACACAUGGUGGCUCGCGCCGCCCGCACUCGUAAUCUUGCCGCCGCGGCCAUUGGGAAGCUUGAUUGGCGUUGCGCCUCUGCGCUGAAGCUCGAUGCCGUACUGGCCGAGUCGGGUCUCUCCGACGGCCAGGUCGAUUUACUCAUCUUUGCUGAUGGGGGGUUCUUGCACCUGGAGACGGAGGCCCAGGCCCGGCAGUUUCUAAGCCUGGUGGCAAGAGCGCUACGAGCACGGAGCGGGCGUGCGGUGCUGGCGAUCACAAACCAGGCGUCUGUACAGGAGGGAACAGAUCUCUCGUAUCAUGACGCAUCGGGUGAAAAGGUGCAAGAGUACUCCAGCGUGGAGUUCCCCGGACUGGUGUAUCGAAAUCGGUUAGCGGGAUUUCACCAGGAUGGGGCCGUGCAAGAGAGUACCUACCAAUUUGAAGUCUGGCGGCGGAGGAAGGGAGAAGAGGAUGAGUUGGUCGAAUCGUGCUGGACAAAGUUGAAAGGCAGGGCUUGGUCGGACGCAGAAGUGCAGGCCUUGAUCACGGCGUGCCCGGGCCUGAAGUUAAUCGAGACGGCGCAGCCAGAUAGGUUGCAGACAUUCUUUAUUGUUAGUGCAGAGUAG